AUGGAAGAGGACCCCUACGGCGGCUUCGACGAGUACGACCACGCCUACGACACGGCCGCACUCACCGAGGACCGAUCGUUUCAGCAGGCCGUCGCCAGGUCGAGUCAUGGCAGGAGACCGACCACCACCACCAACCCGCGACCACCGUCGUCAUUCGGAACCGGCAGCAUCAUCCCGUCUUCGUAUGGUGGUCGGUCGCGAGCCGGCGGCCGCACCGCGGCCGCGACGCGCAACGAACCAGCGCGGCCGAUGACGGCCGUGAGGGCUGCUGGUUAUACGUCGUUUGCUAAUAAAGUCCAAUCCGCCGAAGCCGUCAAAGCUAUGGACCAGAAGGACGAGAGCGCCGAAGAAAAAUGCCGACAAAUGGAAAACAAGGUAAUGGACCUCCUCAAGGACAGCAUCCUGGCCUACGACAAAAAAGGACUACAAGGGGCGAAAGAAGCCGGGAGAAAGGAGAGGGCGGCCGUGAGAAUGCGGGAGAGCCUCUCGUUGGUGGAGCAGCUGAAUUUGGACCUGACUUUUACUGUACUUUUCAAUUUGGCGCAUCAGUACAUGGCCAACGACAUGACCAACGAGGCGCUGAACACCUACCAAGUGAUCGUCAAGAACAAGAUGUUCGCCCAUUCCGGGAAACUGAAGGUCAACAUCGGGAACAUCUACUUCAAAAAGAAGGACUACGAGAAGGCCAUAAAAUACUACCGGAUGGCGCUCGAUCAGGUGCCAAGUGUGCAGAAGGAAACUAGGAUCAAAAUCCUCAACAACAUUGGUGUCUCGUUUAUCAAGCUUGGAAAGUACGAUGAAGCCGCUGGGACGUUUGAGCACUGCGUUGAAGAAAGAGCUGAAUAUUCGACCGCGUUGAAUCUGGUCCUAACCGCCUAUUGCCUGGAAGACGUCGACCGAAUGCGAGACGCCUUCCAACGACUGCUCGACGUUCCUCUGGACAUGGACGACGAGCCGAAACCGGGGGAUAAAGAUGACGUCCUGAUGUCGCAAGUCCUCAACGGGGACGGUCUACGCCAGUGGGAACGGCAGCGACGUCAGCAAGCCGAGCGGGCCAUCAUCACCGCGGCCAGGGUCAUCUCCCCGGCGAUAGCUAGCGACUACGCGGAAGGCUACGAAUGGUGCGUCGAGACGAUCAAGCAAUCGGUGUACGCACCAUUGGCAACGGAAUUAGAGAUGAGCAAGGCAGCAGAACUAGUCCGUCGUGGCGACCUAGAAGCCGCAGCAGAAGUGCUCAACGUCUUUCAGAACAAAGAGCCCAAGAUUGCCGCCGCAGCUGCCAACAAUUUGGCCGUUUUGCAGCUAUUGCAAGGCGAAAAGCUGCUAAAAGAAGCGGAAAUCUCCACCGAGCAAUCCCUUGCCCUCGACCACUACAACCCAGCCGCUCUCGUCAACCAGGGCAACAUUCACUACCAGCGGCAAGAGCUCCACAAGGCAAUGCAGUCCUACAAAGAAGCGCUGGCCAAUGACUCGACUUGCGUUCAGGCCCUCUACAACCUCGGCCUGGUGCAACGGCAACUCGGCCAAAUGGAGCAAGCCCUGGAGUGUUUCUUCAAGCUCCACCGGAUGCUCAUCAACAAUGUCCAAGUACUAUGUCAAUUGGCUGCAAUCUACGAAUCGCUUGAAGACACUGCGCAAGCAAUCGAACUGUAUUCACAGGCGAACUCCUUGGCGCCGACGGACCCGGCGAUCCUGCAGCGGCUGGCUCAGAUUUACGAUGCCGAAGGCGAUAAAGCACAGGCUUUUCAGUGCAAUUAUGAUUCCUAUCGCUUCUUCCCUUCCAAUAUGAAGGUCAUCGAAUGGAUGGGCGCGUACUACAUCGACGCCCAAUUCAGCGAAAAAGCUGUCAACUACUUCGAGAAGGCGGCGAUUAUGCAACCCAACGAAAUCAAAUGGCAACUCAUGAUGGCGUCUUCACACCGCCGAGCCGGAAACUAUCAACGAGCCCUGGAGCUCUACCGGAAUAUACACCGGAAAUUCCCUGCCAACAUUGAAUGCCUAAAAUUCCUGGUACGAAUCACUACUGAUCUCGGGAUGCCGGAAGCGAAGGAAUACGUCGACAAGCUGGAAAAGGCUGAAAAGGUCCGCCAACUCCGGAUGCAACGCGACGCCGACUCAAGCCAAGGGAAGCGAUCCGCCCACUCGGCUCAUAGUCUCCCAGUACCGUCAGCGGAUCGUCCGACCUCGCGCUCCUCGCUUCGGAUGAACAGCGCGCAGCCGUUUGUUUUUGAUGACUCGGGCCAAGAAUAUCGGCCUGCUUCUAAGGAUCCAAGAGAGCUCGACUUCUCCUACAGCGACCCGCUUGGUCCCGCCGCGGCACGGCCAAAAACUGGCGCCAGACGCACCGCCAAGGAGGACAGCUUCGACGAGUUUGACGACUCACUUUUGCCGCAA